AUGCUUGUUAUUCUUGCCAAGAAACUAAUUGUCUUUUCUCGGGCUGAUUCCUUAGACAAGAGGGCGGGCUCAAGACCAAGAUGUCGAUCUGAUGAUUUCCAAGCUUUUAUUGGCAAAAGCUUGACUGCAAGACCUAGUCGCCCAGGCAUUGUGAUUGCGACCAUAGCCAUGCCCCCGGAAAUAGUUCUCCGGCCACUGUCGCUCAUUCUCGGUCGCUCACGCGCAUAUCAAAUUAUACUGUCCACUGUUAAGUAUCCGUUUCUCCUGAAGGAGUGGUGGCUGUUCCCCCUCCCGCAGCCCACAGCAGGUCAGACUAACCCCCUUGUAAUUUUGGGCGACACACCAGAUACAUGUCCGGACAGAACCUCGUGUGCCAACUUCCACCACUACUACUAUCACUUCCACUACGGCUACAGCAACAGCAACAACUCCAACUCCAACUACUCGCACACCGUCAUUUUUUGA